AUGCGGACGCCGACGCCGACGCCGACAUUUAUUUCAUAUGACCCUAGACUUUCAGUCAAGGGAAAAAAUAAAAUUCUUCCAUUUCAUUCACAACUUUCAAAUAUACGUCAACUAUUAGAAAAUGACUUUUCAACGACUAUUCCUCAAAACUUUCGUUUUGUUUAUCGGUGUGGUUCUAAUCUUAGUAAUUUACUAACAAGAUCUCGAUAUCCUCAUUCUUUUGCUGAUAUAGUUCCAGAACCAGGUACAAAUUCAUUAGGAUGUUAUCGUUGUAAAAAUCCACGAUGUACAACAUGUAAUUAUAUUAUAGAACAGAACUUUUUCAUAUCAACUGUAACAAAUCAGAUUUAUAACAUUCCAUAUUCAGUUAAUUGUGAUACAUCUAAUUUAACAUAUUUAAUAACAUGUACAUUAUGCCAUUCUCAAUAUGACGGUACAACAGGUCCGACUCUGAGAAAUAGAUUUAAUCACCAUCUUAUAGCCAUAAGACAUAAAUAUUGGCAUGAUACAACAUAUCCAGAACAUUUUAGCCUGGAAGAACAUUCAACAAAAAUGUAA